GAAACGUCCCAAAUAGGUAGGUCCAGGCGCGCGGAACGUCCCUUUCUUGGGGAGCAACGCCCAGGAGCCGCCGAAAGUUAGGCACGGCAUUUGAUAGCGGUUAAGUUCAGUUGUUAUCACUGUUGAUGCUGCAGGUUUUACCCCAGAUCUGGACCCAUGACUGGCGACUGGCAGCCACACAUCUCCUAGCUUUGAUAGGGACGAUGUCGGCUCAGUCGCUAUAUGUUGAGCGCAAAGUCGUAAACUCGACCAUCAAGACUCAUUGCCCUCGAUCAUCGAGUUGACUUUAAUCCGCAAUGCAGUCGUCACCCUGCACCGCCGACGAUAGCAGGACGGCAUGGCCACCUGGCACCAUCACACUCGAAGAGUUGCGACGGGCUACCGGGGACCUUCAUGAGGAAGUCGAAGUUGUCCUCCAUCCCAAGCCAACGAACGACCCAAACGAUCCUUUGAAUUGGAAGACAUGGGAGAAGUACCUCAACUUCGGAUUGACCCUGCUCUAUUCCGUCGCUAUCUUUGGCCUUAUAUCCGCGGCAACGCCCACAUGGCCUGCCAUGAUGGAAGAGCUAGGCUUCACCAUCGAGCUACUCAACAACGGAUACGCGACUGGAUCCGCAGCCCUCGCAGUUGGCGCCAUCUUGUUUAUUCCUUUUGCCCUCAAGUACGGGCGACGGCCCAUGUAUCUCUUCAGUUUGAUCGGCCAGAUAGCCGUCAUGAUCUGGUCAGCAAAGAUGCAGAAUGCUGCCGACCUCAUCCUAACAAACCUCUUCAACUGCCUCCUGGGUGCCUUGGCGGAGGUUAUCGUGCAGAUGACAGUUGCAGAUGUCUUCUUCGUCCAUGAGAGAGGUCUCAUGAACAAUCUUUACGUAUGGUGCAUGACUAUUGGAGGUUCUCUGAUGCCUAUAGCUGCAGGUUACAUUACCAUUGACCAAGGCUGGCGAUGGCUAUGGUGGUGGCUGGCCAUCAUCCUCGGCGUCCUUCUUAUCCUCUUCACGUUCUUCUACGAGGAGACUAAGUUCGUGCCUAGCAUUAACGGCACACCUUCCAUCGUUGCUGCCAGCGAUGAGCUCGACCACCGCAAAUCGACCGACCACAAGUCUCUCGAUCUCCGGCCCGUCGACUCAAUUGUCACAACAGUACCACCCCCACGGAAGUCUUACCUUCGACGGUUGAUACCCUGGACUACGUCAGAAGGCUCGGUGCUGCAGCUGUUGCACCACACAUACCAGCCUUUCGUCGUGAUGGCUACUAUACCCGCGGUUCUAUACGUCGCGCUUCUUUACGGUCUCGUAACUGCCGCCUUCCAGGUAUCAGUGACAUUGAUCUCGACAUACCUGCCAGCACCACCAUACAACUUCAACGCCUCUCAGGUGGGACUGAUGAGCAUACCAGCCUUGGUUGGCAAUACUCUCGGUACAAUUGUAAGCUCGCCAUUCAGCGAUCGGCUGAUCUUAUGGCUGGCCCGUAAGAACAAUGGUGUCUACGAGCCUGAGAUGCGUCUUUGGCUGCUGCUCGCGUUUGCGCCGUUCUUCCCUGCCGGAAUAUUAAUGUUCGGAUAUGCGCUUGGUCUGGGGCUUCACUGGCCUAUCGUGGCUGUUGGUAUAGGCAUGUUCUCGUUCGCAAUGCCGCCCAUUUGCAGUGUCGCCCUGACCUACCUAACCGAUUCGUACACCGAUAUCAUUGCAGAUGCUGUUGUCGGGGUAACGUUCACUCGUAACGUCAUUUCUACCAUCUUCGUCUUUGCUCUUACCCCUUGGGUCACGAGGGUUGGACUACAAAACGUCAUGUUGACCUUUGCGCUCAUCACCGUUCUUGCUCUUGCUUCGACAGGACUGUUCAUUAAAUUCGGAAAACAGUGGCGCGUAAAGACAGCAAGACGGUACCGAGUGUUGUCACAACGACAGAUGGACACAAGGGAUAUGUUGUAGGUCUGAAUAGUACUUGUAGUUUAACAUCUUAGACAUGUAGUACACAAAAGAUAC